UACUACAACACGAGCGUCCACCGCUGCAUCCGCUGCGCCGUGGGCACCUACCAGCCCGAUUUUCGGCAGAAUUACUGCAUCGCCUGUCCCGGCAACACCACCACCGACUUCGAUGGCUCCACCUCCGUGUCCCAGUGCAAAAACCGCCAGUGCGGGGGAGAGCUGGGCGAGUACACGGGCUACAUCGAAUCCCCCAACUACCCGGGGAAUUACCCCGCCAACAUCGAGUGUACCUGGAACAUCAACCCGCCGCCCAAGCGCAAGAUCCUCAUCGUGGUGCCGGAGAUCUUCCUCCCCUCCGAGGAUGAGUGCGGCGACGUCUUGGUCAUGCGGAAAAACUCCUCCCCGUCCUCCAUCACCACCUACGAGACGUGCCAGACCUACGAGAGGCCCAUCGCCUUCACCGCCCGCUCUCGGAAACUCUGGAUCAACUUCAAAACCAGCGAAGCCAACAGCGCCCGGGGCUUCCAGAUCCCCUACGUCACCUACGACGAGGACUAUGAGCAGCUGGUGGAGGACAUCGUGCGGGACGGCAGGCUCUACGCCUCCGAAAACCACCAGGAGAUCCUCAAGGACAAGAAGCUCAUCAAAGCUUUCUUCGACGUGCUGGCACACCCCCAGAACUACUUCAAGUACACGGAGAAGCACAAGGAGAUGCUGCCUCGCUCCUUCAUCAAACUCCUCCGCUCCAAAGUCUCCAGCUUCCUCCGGCCUUACAAAUAGCCCCCUGUGCAGCCAAGGAAACCCUCUUCUCCCUUCCUUCUCCUUUCCGAUUUUCUCCUUCCUCCGCUCGGCUCCGGCAGGACCGCCACCUCUCACCCUGCAGAC